UUCAGUUACAGCGAACGUUCGCCCACGACCGUUCGUUUCCGAUUCGGUCUUAUUGAACGAUAAGUUUGGCGCGAACGUUUCAAGAUGGCGGCUCCCAGAGAAUUGAUUGCGAUUUUGAUGGAAGAAAUCGCUAAUAACACUGAAAUUGAGCACUUUCAAGCGAAUAUUGAAGUAGCUACGGGUGUUAACAAUGUCGUUACAGCAGCCGCACAGCUCCUGUCCAAUGCUACUGCCCCAGUUCGAGUCCAAAGCUAUGUAGAAGAUGUGGUGGACUUAUAUUCAGAUAUGGAGUUCAAGUCGCAUUUUAGAAUGCAAAGAUCAACUUUUGAGGCUUUAUGCAGGGAAGUCGCUCCUUCAAUGCAAAGGGAGAGGUCAAUGACAGUCAACACAAGAUUGUUGGCCACAAUUUGGAUGCUUAGCAACAAGGAAUGUUACCGAAGUGUUGCUGACCGAUUUGGGAUCAGUAAAGGCACACUCCACCUGACUGUAAUACAGACCUGCCAGACUCUCUCCAACUUGAAGGACAAGUACAUAAAAUUUCCAGAAGCACGAAGGGAAAUGUUGUCACUAGCAGAGGGGUUCCGUGUGCGAUGUGGAUUUCCAGGAGUUGUCGGUGCAGUAGACGGAACCCACAUUCCCAUUCCUGCUCCAAUAUCCGAGUUUCGAGCCUCCUUCAUUAACAGGAAGGGAUUAUCCAGCAUGCAACUGCAAGUGGUGUGCGACAGUAACCUGCGGUUUUUGGACACGUAUACUGGUUGGCCUGGGUCGGUGCACGCGUGUAUGGGAACAGCCCGGUUCAGCAACUUAUUGAAGAAUUGCCAGACGAAUUCCAUGUCCUUGGGGAUUCUGCCUAUCCACUGUCUGCACACCUUCUUACUCCAUACAGAGACAAUGGCCAUUUAGAUCGUGUGCAGAAACAAUUCAACAAGGCGCACUCUUCAACCAGAGUUGAUGUUGAAAGAGCAAUCGGACUGUUGAAAGCAAAGUUUAGGAGGCUGAAGUCUUUAGACAUGCUGAAGCAAGAAAAAAUACCGGAAGUUAUUACAGCUUGCUGUGUUCUGCACAACUUCAUCUUGGACAAUGAAAAUUUGGAAGAUGUGUUGUCCGAUCCAGAGGUGGAGGUGCAAGUGGAUGAAGGAGAACCCGAACAACCUGCUGGUCCUGUCAACGUUAGAGGGGCGGAAAAAAGAAGGGAGAUCUCUUUUAUGCUGUAGCAUUGUCAAAGGAAAGGACUCGGACACAUUGAUAUGAUGAGUAACAAAAUGUUAACAGGAUUUCUAGAACAGUUUAUUUAGGCUCUUGGUUUAGUGCUUAUUUUGAAUGAUCAACUAUUUAUUGAAGUUCCUAGAUAACUUAAUGCAUCAUGUCCUGCAAAUGCAUAUUUUGUACAUAUUAAUGUGCCCCGCACAUUGUUGUUGUUGUUUUAAUUGUUCCCUUGUUUGAUAACGAUUGUUCGUGUGUUAUAAAUAUAUGAAUUAAUGCAAUUGCCUAAAAAUUA